AUGUCGGCACCACCGCUUAUCCAACUGAACAACGGAGACAGAGUCAAUCGUUUUACGGUUUUCAAAAAACUUGGAGAAGGUACUUUCGGAGCGGUCUACGCGGUGCGCGACGAUUCUGGAGCGGAGCACGCGCUGAAAGCCGAGCUGGCGACCGAGAAGAUUCCGCUACUCAAACUGGAGCUCUACGUGAUGCAGAAGUUGACGGCGAAACGCGCCAAACACAUGGCCACUCUGAUCGGUGAGUUCGCCCCCGCGAGAACAGCGGAACACAUCGGAAAGAGUCCUCGUUCCAGACAAGGGACGCCAUCAGAACUUCAACUACAUCGUCAUGAAAUUUCUCGGAAAAUCGCUGCAAGACGCGAAGAAGACGGGUCCGAACGGGCAUCUGACGCUCGGCUCGGCGAUCGGCGCGUCCGUGCAGUGCCUCGAAGCGCUGGAAGAGCUACAUUGGUGCGGAUUCCUGCAUCGCGACGUCAAACCGGGCAACUUCUGUCUGGGAAGAGCAGAGUGCGGCGAGUUGCGCAAGGUGUUCGUGCUCGACUUCGGACUGUGCCGUCGAUUCGUCAACGAUCAGAAUGUGAUGUUGCAGCCGAGAAGGAAGGCGCCGUACCGGGGAACGCCGCGUUACGCGCCGAUCGCCUCGCACAACGGCAGCGAGCACGGACGAAAGGACGACGUCGAGAGCUGGUCGGUUACUGUCGGUUUAAAGGCGCACAACGCAGUUCGCCCACAGGUUCUACAUGCUGGUCGACUUUACGAACGCGGCACUUCCGUGGAAAGUGGUGACGGGCAUCAAGGAAGUGGGCGAGAUGAAGAAGAACGCGCGCUUCGAGCCGGGCCUCUCGCAGAUGCUGGCGGGCUGUCCCGUCGACGAGUACCGCCAGAUCAUGACCCACAUCGACAGUCUCUCCUUCUUCAUGGAACCCAACUACGGACUCGUCUACUCGACGCUCCGCAAACUGAUGCAGACGAAGCAGGUGCAGGAGUUCCCCUACGACUGGGAGACCGAGUACGCAGCCAAAUAA